AUGCCGCUUUUGGGACUUCCACUAGAAUUGCUUUUGUGGAUUGGCAAGUCCAUCGACAAGAAGGACCUUCGAAGUCUGCGUCUCACAUCUCGAGAAUCCAACGUCGUCUUCACAAAGAGCCUCUUUGAUUGCAUAGACUUCCAAGACACCCCGCCAAUUCAUUGGGCAAUCGAGCAUAGAAACUUAGGCAUCAUCCAGCACUCUCUGGGUUGGGAAAAGGCAGAUAUUAACCAACCGUUUUCUGGCCUUACACCGCUCAUGUUGGCUACAAAAUUGCGAUACGCAGACGCUGUUGAUUUGCUCUUAAGCCAUCAUUCAGUGAAAGUCAUACAGCGUAAUACUUUGGGAGAAAGUGCCUUCUCGAUCGCUGUUCUGCAUGGAAGCGUGAAAAUUGUCGAACGACUCCUCAAUGUACAGAAUAUUGAUCUCAAUAACCAAUCCCUGGACGGAAAUGCGCCUAUUUCAAUUGCGCUGACCUGUCGCCAAACCUACAUCUUCCAACUUCUCUUGUCUGAUGAGCGGACAAAUUUCAACAUCUGCGACCAUUAUGGCCAAACACCACUGCACCUAGCGACAGAAAUUGGCGACUAUGGAGCAAUCCAUAUGCUUGUACGAAAUCCGCGAGUUGAUGCCAACUGUCUCAACCACCGACAGGAAACUCCGUUGCUUCUGGCUGUCAAAGGACACGGUCGUUUUCUCCCCAUCAACAAAAGAAUACUUAUCAUUGAAGCCUUGCUUUUGAGUCCGUGCAUCAACCUUAAUUAUUAA